AUGCUGAAAUGGGCUCGUGAAAAUGGAUGUCCUUGGAAUGAAUGGACGUGCCGUGGAGCCGCAGAGAGUGGUCAUUUGGAAAUACUGAAAUGGGCUCGUGAGAAUGGAUGCCCUUGGGAUGAAUCCACUUGUUGUUGUGCUGCAGAAUCCGGUCAUUUCGAAAUGCUGAAGUGGGCCCAUGAGAACGGAUGUCCUUGGGAUGAAAGGACAUGUUCCUGUGCUUCAGAACAUGGUCAUCUGGAGAUUCUCAAAUGGGCUCGCGAGAAUGGCUGCCCCUGGAACUCAGAUACCAUUAUAGCUGCAGAAGGCAAUGGCCAAAUUGAAAUUCUCAAGUGGGCACGUGACAAUGGAUGCCCAAGUUAUGAAUGAUCUACAAAGAUCUGCUGCUGGCAUUUCAAGUGGAAAUGGUUUGCAGGUGGAUAAGCUGCCGUUUCUUCCCUGUGGUCCAGGAACCGCACGCGAGCAUCAACA